AUGCUAUUUUUAUCUAUAAUUUUAUUAUUAUUAUCUAAUGCUAUUACAUCAAGACGAGACAAAUCUAUUCUCUAUUCAAGAGCUACUAUUACCGUUUUACUAAUUGCAGCUUUUAUAGCCUAUGACAAUUUAUUUAUUUUGUUUUUAGCAAAAGGUAUUGGUAUAUUUGGUGGACUUUUCCAUACAACAGCUACUACCAAUUUUUUCCAUGUAUUUAUUUGUAUAAUAACUAGUGUUAUAUUUAGUCCAAAUAGACUGUUAUUUACCAAAUUGAUCUAUAACGGAACUCUCAUUUUAAAUAAAAUGGGAGAACAAUUUAAGAUUAUAGAAUACUCUCUAAUUAUUUUAUUUAUAGUUACAGGAAGUGUAUUUCUAAUCUCUACUAGCGAUUUAGUAUCUAUAUUUCUAUCUGUAGAAUUACAGAGUUAUGGAUUGUAUUUACUAUCAACUAUUUACAGAGAUUCAGAACCAGCCACAUCCGGUGGUCUUAUGUAUUUUUUACUAGGAGGAUUGUCAUCCUGUUUUAUACUACUAGGGACAGCAUUACUCUAUGCUAACGCUGGUACUACUAACUUAGAUAGCUUAUAUAUUAUAACUAGUAUAUCUAAUGUAAGCAAAGAUAAUAUUACCGAUGUACUUUAUUGA